AUGGAUAAGACGUCUAACAUGUUGCAUUCAACGGCUGCUGCACAAUCACCACAGCAACCGCGAAUGAAUCCGAAUAAUCAGAAUGAUGCAAACGACAGCGGCAAUGGAAUGAAUCAGCCAAACAAGAGGUCAAAGCUGAAUAUGAUUUCUAUUCCCCCUAUCCAUCAGUCGUCAGUUUAUAAUCUUUUGCAACCACCCACCUCCGCGAUGAAUACAGGUGGCAAUGCGGGCGUUAGUGCCAGCGGGGAGCGGGCAGCCAAUCUGCCGAUGGCUGCACGGUCGCCCAUCAUGCCGAGUUCAAACGCAGAUGCGUCUCAAAGAGGGGCAGUACCGAGCAUGGUUUCUUUUCCAGAAUACACUUUUCCUGGUCAUUUGUCCCAGGACUACCUGGGCGCCAAUAACAACGCAAAUGCCAAUACUAACGUAGUAAAUGCAGGUGGAACUCAGUACACGCUACCUCACUUUCUGCCCUCGCCGCACAGCCAGCAACCUCAUCCUCAUUCGCAUGCGCAUGCUUCAACUCCCUCAGCAAAUACCGCGUCGUAUUCGUACCAUGAUAGUGCGCAAAAAGCUGCUGUGGAUAACUACUAUCACAAGAAUUUUGAUGAUCAAAGGAAAAACUAUUUUGUUUAUAACAAUGCCAACGACAUGCAUCAACCUCCACAGCAGCAGCAGCAGCAGCAAUACUAUUGGUCGCAACAUCAGCAUCCGCAUCCGCAUCAACAACCUAUAAUGAGGCCAAAUAUACCACCGACGCCGAAAUUUCAUACUCAUCCUGAAGAAACGUCGUUGCUUUCACAUGAGGUGAACAGUAGUAUUGAUAACGCGGUUGUGAAACCAAGUCAUAUCAAGCAUGAAUCGAGAAAUACGAUCAGUUUUCAUAGUAACAACAACAAUAAUAAUAAUAAUAAUAAUAAUAAUGGUAGAGUUAUAUUCGAUAUGAAACAAGAAUCAAUGGAGAGGUCGAAAAGUCAAGAUACUCCAAUAAGAAGAAACACACAAGAAUCAAUGGCCAAAAUGAUAGCAGAAAAACACAAGGAUAAUCCAAUCUCCGAAUACGCAACAAUCGUCAGACAAGCUGAAUUAGUGGUACUCAAUAUGGAUCAGCAAACUCAUUCAAAGACAACUAUUCAAGCUGCCGAACAAAAUAGAGAAAGGGAAAGACAAGUUUAUGCCCUACUCUGGUUAAUGAAGAAUUGCGUCGCCCAACCUGAUAGCUAUGUUCCAAGAGGUAGAAUAUUCGCUCAAUAUGCUGCAUCAUGUGCUCAAAGUAACCUAAAGCCUUUAUCACAAGCUUCGUUGGGUAAGCUAAUUCGUUCUGUUUUUCCAGAUUUAACAACCAGAAGAUUAGGUAUGAGAGGUCAAUCAAGAUAUCAUUAUUGUGGUUUGAAACUUUUACCGAAUGAUACGCAUGAAAAUUCAAACUUAAAUAUUCAUUCAGAUAAUAAUAGCAAUGACAGCACUACAAUUUCACUUGAUAAGAAAGACUUAUCAUUGAAGGACACUGAUAAUAGUAAUAGCAAUAAUGAUAAUUAUAGCAAUAAUAGUAAAAACGAUAAUGAUAACAAAUCUGAUGAUAGUAGUAAUAAUAAUAAUAACAACACUAACACUAACACUAAUGACAAUAACAAUAACGACCACAACAGCAACAGCAAAAGCAACAACGAAACUAACAUAGUUAUUACUAGAAAUAGUAGUGAUAAUGAACGUUCAAAUGGAACUGACCAAAAUGUCUCAUCAAAUACUAAGGUUAACAUUUCAAGAACUCCAUCACCUUCACUUACAAAGCUGAAGACAUCAUCGAAAUUAUCUAUAGGCCAAUCAACAAAUGAAUAUGAAAUUGUCUUCAUGUCAGAUCUAUACAAACAAGUUUUUGAUAAUGAAACACCAUUAAGUUCUGAUUAUUCAUUGAAAUUUCCACCCAUUCCAACCGAUCGUUUACCAUCUGGAGUUGAUGAAGUUAUUGCAUAUGCAUUAGAAUCAUUAUAUCAUAUUCAUUGCAAUACCAUAUUUGAACAUAUUAGGUUUAUGAAGUUCGAUCAAUUGCCAAACUGUUUGACUUUAUUUGGCUCUGGAUCUAUUUCACCUCAAAUGUUUAGUUUGUUCAUUUCAGAAGAGUUAUAUGAGUGGAUCUAUGAAUGUGAUUUGAUAACACAUGUUGCAUCAAUUAAAUAUCUAUCAAGAUUGGUUAUGGAUUAUAAUAAUGUUUCAUCAACGACUAUAUCAAAAUUAGAAACUUUCUCCAACAGUUACGAAGAAGAAGUCGCAAAGGCUACCAUAGAUUUGCCAGUACCCAUGGUUAACAAAAAAAAGGAAAUUGUGGGCGAUUUCUCAGGAUUACUAAGAAAAUUUGUUAAACUUUUACGAUACUGCUGUGUACUUACAGAAAUUUUACCGAAUUUUAAAAGUAUGAAAAGAGAUUGGGAAAAUUAUAGUAAUUUGGAUGAAGUACUCGAUAUUGUUAAAAGGGAUGGAUAUGGUGGAAUGAUCGAAAUGUUUCGGACAUUCAUGACUAAACAUGUAACAGGUUUCCUAAAUGAAUUGGCAAAUGGCGAAGUUCAUCUUGAGAUUUUUGUCAAGAACUACUGCGAGCUAUUGACAGCUGUUAAAGGUAUGCCAGCGUAUAAAAUGGUUGAUGGUAUAGCGAUGUAUUCUCGAGCUUUUAUGACGGAUAUAAGUUUGGUAAUGAAGCAAAACGGAGUUCCUUGGUAUUUUUUGGAUAUGCUUUCCAGUCUUUUGGUUGCUUAUUGCUUUGAGAUCAAUAGAUUCAUCUUCAGAGUUUCUUGUUAA